AUGGCUGCCGCCGACCCGAGCACCCGAAAGAAGGUGCUCAAGGUCAUCUUCGUCUCCCUACUUUUGGAUCUAAUUUCUUUUACCUUUAUCCUACCACUCUUCCCAAAGCUGCUCGAGUUCUACCGCAAUAGUGAAGCCGGCCCGGAAUCCCACACGACGCUCCUCGCCCGGGUCCUCGACGGUCUGAAUGCUUACAAGUCGGCAUUUGCGAAGCCUAUCGAUUCGAGAUACGAUAUCGUUCUGCUCGGCGGCGCUCUGGGCAGUUUGUUCUCCCUGCUCCAGGCCAUCGCGUCCCCCGUCAUUGGCCACCUCUCCGACAAGUAUGGCAGGAGGACCGCGCUUCUUGCCAGCAUGGCUGGCAAUAUCCUGUCCGUCCUCCUCUGGGUAGUCGCUGUCGACUUUAGAACGUUCCUCGCAUCGCGCAUCGUCGGUGGCUUGUCCGAGGGCAAUGUUCAGCUCGCGACAGCCAUUGCCACCGACAUCUCGGACGAGAGCAAUCGAGGUUCGACUAUGGCUCUCGUCGGCGCGUGCUUUUCGAUCGCCUUCACCUUCGGCCCGGCUCUCGGCGCAUACCUUAGCACCAUCUCCAUUGUCGCCGCCAACCCUUUCGCGACCGCCGCCGGCGUGUCUCUAUUCUUGAUCGUAGUUGAGACGAUCUACCUAUUCUUUGCGCUACCCGAGACCCUCCCGAAUAAGACAGAGAAACAGUUAGCAGUCGAGAAGACAGCCAAGCCUCAGGCGGCGGUGCGCACCAAUUCCCACUUUCUACUGAACUUUGUACAUUUCGCCUUUCUCCUGUUCUUCUCCGGAAUGGAGUUCUCCCUUCCAUUUAUGACGUACGACCUCUUCCAGUACAGCUCGGCUCAGAACGGACGACUACUUGGUUACGUGGGUCUGGUGGCUUCGAUCCUUCAGGGCGGCAUUACCCGUCGCCUGCCCCCUCUCAUGACCGUGCGGAUCGGUGUGAGUGCUUGCCUGCUCGCAUUUGCCAUGCUGGGGCGCAUCAGCACGGUCGGGUCGCUUUACCUUGCCGCCACGUGCUUGGCGACGACGUCGGCCACAGUGGUCAGCGGUCUUAACACGCUAAGCAGUUUCGAGGCCAGCGAGGACGAACGGGGUGGCAAGCUGGGCAUGCUGCGAAGCUGGGGCCAGCUCGGUCGUGGCCUAGGCCCGGUCCUUUUCACCAGCAUAUACUGGUGGGCCGGUAGAGAGGUGGCCUACGGCGCGGGUGCUCUAGGCAUCUUGGGAGUUACACUGCUGGCGUUUGCUGGUCUGAAAUCACCGCCUGGUUCGGUGAAGAAGGCCAGCCCAAAGAAGAAAGAACUGUAAGAUAUUAUGAUAUCCCGAAAAAUAUAUGCUGAUGGGGAUAAAAUGGUGCAUCCUUGGCCUAUCGUUUCCUUGGAAUGCCCACGAAGGUGAUAUUGUAGCCCACAUAUUUGUGGGUUGUAGCUAUCUGAACGGCUGGGAGUGUAUAAAAGGAGAGUAUUAUGAUUACUCAUGUGUCACCCACGAAUUCCUACCCUUGAAAAUUUGUGGUACCGGGUUAUAGACGGCGGGUGCAAAGAGUCUGAUGAAAUAGCGGUGGCUGUAUCCGAGACUCGAGGUUGUUCAGGCUCGCGGGGAGCAAACGGGAAUUCCUG